CAUCCAUUUCAUUAGUUUUCCAACUUGGUAUCAGAGCAAAGACGACAAUGGCGACCUUUCCAAUCCUUUGUACUUCGGCGUCCUCGCCUCUUUUCUCCCCCAUCAUUCCUAGUCCUUCAUCUUCUGUGAGUGCACCUAUGUUUUCAUCUUCCACUGUCAUCCCUACAUCUUCUUCUAUGAUUCCGUCUAUUAGAGGUCCUAUUGCUGUUCAAACAAAAACAACCUCUUCUGAAUAGUCUCAAUCAAGCUGGAUCGAUCCAACUAUCUUUUAUGGCAUAAUUUUGUUCAGUCAGUGCUUCGAGCACAUCGUCUGGAAGGAUUUAUUAUGGGUAUGAAAUCCUCUCUUUGAUGAUUGGUACGCCACCGACCAACUCGUUUAUAGUUGGCUUGUUAGGUCAAUGAUAUCCAAUAUUUCUUCACAAGUUCUUCAUUUCAAGACUACAGCUUAGAUUUGGCAUGCUGUUACUAAUCUUGCUUGUGUUAAUACAUGAUCGCGUUUAACAUUGUUGAAAAUCGAGUUUGAACAAACUAGGAAAGGAACUAUGUGAAUGGAAGAAUACCUCAAUAAAAUGAAGAUGAUCUCAGAUAAUUUAGCUCUUGUAGGAGCCCCUAUUCCAGUACCUGAUUUGAUUAUGCAAACCUUAGCUAGACUUGACCAUGAUUAUAUACCUAUGGUUGUUCAUUUAGCUAACCAAGAAAACUUGACUUGGAUUGCUCUUCAAUCCAAAAUUCUUACUUAUGAACGUCAUCUUGAGCACCUGAAUAGUGUUCAUUCAGUUAGUGAACCCUUUGCUGGUCUAUCUUUUCGGUCUGAUCUUUCUUCAAGUUCUUUACAGGGUUCGAAUGGGGGUCGAUCACAAUGGCGUGGCAGAGGAAGAGCUGAGACUGUUCAGGACCCUGCAUGGUAUUUAGACAGUGGUGCUUCUAAUCAUGUGACUAAUCAGUUGCCCCCAUCAGUUUCUAGUCAGUCAAAUAGCUCAGGAUCUGAAAACCAGCAAGGUGCUGGUUAAAGGAUACAUAUGUGAUGGGCUAGGUUGCAUAGAUACGGGUACAAGUAUCCGAUACGAUACAGGAUGAUACGAGAAUAUAGGAAAUUUUCAAAAUUUUAGGAUACAGACUUCUGAAACACGAGAUGAUACCUUACAGGUUGAAGAUACCUCAUCACUUAAUGAAACAAUGCCGUCUGAUUCACUCUACAAUACUUCUUCAUGUGAUUUACAAGAUCUACAAAUAACGGACUCCAUGCCCAAUACUGAUCAAACCGAAAUUAAUUCAUCAUCAUCCAACCCAUUAGAGUCUCAGAAUUUCAGUCACUCAGCUGCUCUCUCUUCAAAUGAAUCAUCAGGUUCUCUAGCACAGGGUUCUCCUAUUAUUGCUGCUCAUAAUAAUCAUCCCAUGAUUACUCGAUCUAAGAGUAGGAUUUUUAAACCAAGGACACCUUUUAUUGGAUAUCUUUAGAAAGAUGCCUUCUGUCUUCAUGUUGAACCACAUAUUGUACAUCAAUCUUUAAAACUUGAUCAUUGGAAGAAAGCUAUGGAAACUGAAUAUCUUGCUUUAUUACAUAAUGACACAUGGGAUUUGGUUCCAUGACAUCCUUCCUUCAACAUUGUAGGCUGUCAAUGGAUUUUCAAAAACCAAAUUCAAUCCUGAUAACACUGUGGAGAGGUAUAAAGCUUGUUUGGUUGCAAAAGGCUAUCUUCAAGCUCUUGGUAUUGAUUAUGGAGAGACUUUCAGUCCUGUUAUAAAGCCUUCAACAAUUCGUGUGAUACUGACACUGGCUACUUUGAAGAACUAGAAUGUUUGUCAACUAGAUAUUAAUAAUUCCUUUUUGAAUGGAUACUUAAAGGAAACAGUUUAUAUGGCUCAACCAGAGGGUUUUGGGCAUUCUAGUAAACCCACACAUAUCUGUCGUUUGAAGAGAGCUCUUUAUGGUUUGAAACAGGCGCCAUGUGCAUGGUUUGAUCAGCUGAAAAAUGUCUUAUUAUCAUGGAACUUCAAAAAUAGUGAGUGAUACUUCCAUGUUUUUCUUUCAAAAUGAUGCACAGAUUUUGAUAAUAUUGAUUUAUGUGGAUGAUAUUCUUGUUACUGGAAGUCACUCAAGGAGCAUGCAUUAGUUUAUUCUUAAACUCAAUGACAUAUUUUCUUUAAAAGAUUUAGGACCGAUUCAUUACUUUCUUGGAAUAGAAAUCACUAGAGAUGCUACUGGUUUUUAUUUAAAUCAAGGCAAAUAUAUUUUUGAUUUAUUUGAGCAGCUGCAUAUGGGCACUAUGUCAGCUAGUAAGACGUCAAUGGUGACUGGUCAUACUCUAUCCAAACAUGAUAGUGUAUUAAUUGAUGAUGUUACUCUUUAUCGGAAAGCUGUUGGAUCUCUGCAAUAUUUAGCUCAAACACGUCCAGACAUAGCUUUUGCGGUGGGCAAACUGAGUCAGUUUUUAUCUGCUCCUAUGCUUUUACAGUGGAAAGCUGUCAAGCAUCUACUUCGAUAUUUACAGGGAACAAUUAAUCUUGGACUUCAUAUCAAGAAGUCUAGUUGUCUUGAUUUGGUUGCCUAUUCUGAUGUAGACUGGGCUUCAUGUCUUGAUGAUCGACGUUCAACAGGGGGUUAUUUAGUGUACUAUGGUGAUUCUUUGGUUGCAUGGUCAUCUAAGAAGCAAUCAGUUGUAGCUCGGUCCAGUGCUGAGUCCGAAUAUAAGGCUUUAGCCCAUACAUCUUCUGAGAUUUUAUGGCUUCAUUCUCUAUUUGCUGAACUUGGGAUUCAUCAUCAUCUACCCUCUGUUAUUUGGCGUGAUAAUGUUAGUGCAGCUGCCCUUGCUUCUAAUCCUAUAUUUCAUGCGAGAACAAAACAUUUUGAAGUGGGUUUGCAUUUUGUUUGAGAUUUAGUUGCAUCCAACAAGAUUGCUAUUCAGUUUGUUCCUUCAGAAGAUCGAGUUGCAGGUUUGUUAACUAAACCAUUGCCUUCAACAUGAUAUGUUCUGCUUCAUAACAAACUUGGGCUUUUUCUAGUCGCUGCCAGUUUGCGGGGGGAAUGAUAAAGUAUUAAAGUGUCAGCCCAAGUCCACCAGUGUCAAGCAGAAAUAGAAUAUGAAGCCCAUAUGAUUUGUUAUCUAUUUUCACUGAUUGUAUUUUGAUUUAUUCUUUAUUGUUUAUUCUUUGUAUAAGGGCUGACGUGUCCAUCUCAUUAUAACGGUUUCCACUUUAUAGUGAUGAAGGCACUGUGCGUCUCACACAUGGUGAGAGCUAUUCAUCCAUUUCAUUAGUUUUCCAACUGUUUGAAAUAGUUGUUAAAUGGAAUGGACAAUAAUUAAUUGUAUUUAUAAGAUACGUUUUUCAGUGGUCU